AUGGAAACGAACCGAGCGGCCGACGACGAAUCCUUCGGCAUCGUAGUCUAUGGCCUCGACUUCCUCGCGCGCUUCAGCCCAAUCACGGGGCCUCUCAAGGAGCACUUUGCUGAUGGCUCCUACCAAUGGCGCCCUCUGCGCUCCUACCUCCGCUCCGAUCUGGAGAGAGUUGUUGAAUCUGACGACUGGAACACCAUCUGCCCGCAUCGUAUCGGUUACGGCAACGACUACGGCGAGGACGACGGGGACGAGCUCAUCCUCCUCUUUACUGUCCGGCCCGAGUCUACAACGGCUACGCGCGCUGCUGAGAUUGUCCGGCAGGCGCGUCUGGUGCUUGGAAGUCAUGAUGUGCGACUAAGCAACAUGGCCGUAGAAGUUGCUGAGGCCGACAUCCAGCCCGCUACGUCCAACUUUCUCCGUCGGCCCCCGUUCGGACUAGGCCAGGGCUAUGAUGAUACAUACUGCGAGAAUCCACCCCCGGACGCUAGCAUCGGAAUCGAUGGCUGCGCCAGCUCGGGCAGUGUUGGCGCCUACGUCCGCAUUACCUUCCAGGACGGCUGUAUCGACCACUUUGCCUGGACAAACCAUCAUGUCCUCAGCCAGAGCGCAGAUGUCAUCCCUCCUACCGGACAGGGCCUCAUCGUAAAUUGCCCUUCCGACCCAGAUCAUAAAUCCUUCUGUGAGAUGUUCCGCAUCUUCCAAAGCGAAGGCCUUAGCCAACACAACGUUAUCCAACCAGCCAGCCAACUAGUGAAGGAAUGUUGCGAUUUCGACCGCAUGUUCGGCAGCGUCUUUUGUAGCUCGGGAUUGCGAUGUGGCAGCGACAACUAUAUCAUGGACUGGGCCCUCAUCAAGCUCGCCAACCAACGCUUUCCCUCUUUCCAGCAUCUGACAAAUAUACCAUCCGAGAAUGUAUUCCUGCAAUACGUCAAAGCGUCAUAA